ACUGCAUCUGGCGCUAUUCUCAAAGACUAUCAUAUUCUGUUCUUUUGUUCGUGCCUUCCUUCCGACUCAGUGCCAAAAUUCCCAACCAUUCUCUUCGCCCGAACUCAGGCUAGCAGCUCAAUAAUGAGAAUAUCCGAUCGCCUACGACGCUGACGGUUUCGAGACUCUGAAUCCGACACUGCGUUCUGUUUGGAUUAUAAAGCCCGAAAAUAUCUUUAUCUACGGAGACCCGAAGGCACUCGAUCUGGCGUAGAACCUCACUUGCUUCAUCUCACGAACUACAACAUUUUCUCACUAGCUUAGGUCCAGUUCGCUGUGCUGAACCCUUCAAAUCGUCACUCCCUCACUCACAUCAGUAGUAUCGACACUCUCAGCAAAAGCGUUCACCGAUGCCUUUGAUCACCCUCACCACCAAUGUCAAGUUCGACUCGGAAGAAGCUACAAAAGCGUUCGUAUCCGAGUUCUCAAAGUUCUGCGCGACCACAAUCGACAAACCCGAGAAGGCUUUCAGCGUCAACUUUAUCUAUAACCCCCACCUUACCUUUGCGGGAACGUUCGACCCUGCGAUCAUGCUCAACGUCAUGAGCCUCUACAAUACCAAUCCGACUAGCGUCCAGAAAUGGAGCAAGGCGUUCGCCGACUACUUUGAGGAGAAACUCGGAGUAACGUCUGACAGAGGUUAUAUGGCAUUCCAGGAUCCCGGUCCGGCUUUCAUUGGAACCAGAGGAAGCACCGUCGAAGUGCUCCGCGCUCAAGCCGCUGCGCUGUAAUGCAUUUGUAGAUGAAUCGCCACAUGUAUGAAUGUAGUAGUUCGUGAUCACACAUACGAACAUCAAGUCAACACUAUACUAAGAAGAAACGCCUAUCUUAGACUUGAACCCUGACCUAGACAGUACCGAGUGAUCAUUGUCAGAGUCAUCAGACUUCGACUUGCCAUUGUCGCUCUCAAAGCUCCCAAACAGUUCAUGAUCACUUAAAUCUCCAGAUGUAUCCUCUUCAAGGGCCUUAUCACCGCUUGGAGGAUUGACAAGGGUAGCUUGUGUUCCUGAAGGCCCCGGGGCAUC